GCUAUGGCCCAUUCCAAAAAUGGCAGCAGUUCCUAUCAGAGCAAAGUGGAACUUUCCUGUUUUUCUCCAGAUUUAUUCAACUGCCGGGCAUCUUUUUCGGUCUACGUUGUUUUUCUUAGUUUAACUAAACAUUAGCGGUCCAGCGAGGGUUCAGACAGCCACCUCGGACCGAGUGGCUCGGCUCGGGGUGUCGUGUUCGGUCGGGAGAUCACCGGGCUUCCCUCGAAGUUGACGCGGCUCUCCUUUCCACAGCCUCCCCUGACAACAGCCCGCUAAACGCGGAGCAUUGAGCCGAGGCUGGAUAUCGGCGGUAGCUAGCUAGUUAGCAUACCGAGCGCAGACAAACAAGCCACCGGCGUCUUCAGUUUUUCCUUUAGCGGGGAGCCUUCAAGGCAGCUCGGAGAUCCAGGAGACGUGUCGCGUCACUUGUCAGUGGAAACAGAUCUGUGGUGUUAGAUGUCAGCAGCAGUCAGAGUCACACCGACUUUAUUCUGCUCUUAUCAUUUGUCGUAGCCAAUCACAUGGAGAAGCUCCAGGAUUUGGGCCAAUCAGAGCUACAGGAGCUCCUGGACAACCCAGAGAGGGUGGAGUCUAUGGCUCUGGAGUCUGAUGAGAUUCAGAAUAUCCAGCUGGAGCGAGAGAUGGCGCUGGCCUCCAACCGCAGCCUGGCGGAGCAAAACCUGGACAUGAAACCUCGUUUGGAGUCUCUGAAGGAGGCGCUGGUGGCCAGAUACUCUCAGCUAGAGGCCGUCAGGGAAACCUACAGACAGCACUGCUCCCAGAGAGACGGGAUGGUGGGUCAGGUCUCUCCAGAGGCCUUCUUCUCCAGACUACAGACAGAAAGUGAAAAAACCGAGUCUGAGUCCGAGGUUCUGGCGGACGAGUUCCUGGAAGGAUCUCUGUCUUUGGAGUCCUUCUUUGAGCGCUUCCUCCUCCUGCGCUCCCUCGCUCACAAGAGACGGGUGCAGAUGGAGAAACUCCAAGAGAUCCUGCGACAGAGGGACAAGAGCAAUCCCACUGCCAUGAGUUCAUCAGCAGGCGUCGCCCCUAACCCCGCCGCCACGCCCUCCUCCUGGAACCUGCCCACCACGACGGCCACCGCCACGAAUCCACAGCAGCCAAACUCCAACCCUCAGUCCUCCAGCUACCCGAACUCCUCUCAGACCGCCUCCUCGUCUGCGGUGGGAGCCCCUGGGCUUCCAUACAGCCCGUAUCCCGCCUCUCCUCCUAACCGUCCCCCUGUGGUGGCGGCGGCGGCGGCGGCGGCGGCAGGGCCGAUCCCAAACACUCCUCCAUCACAGUUCAGUCCGUACCCGGCUGCAGGCUACUCUGGGCCCAGACCUGCGUUCGGGCCUCCCUCCUCCGUCGCCUGCCCCUACCCGACCCAGCACCCGUUCCCAGCUCCACACCCUGGCUCAGCGUUUGGUCAGUACACCCCCAGCCACCCCCCCAGUGGCCCCGCCCCCUACCCGGCCUCCUACAGCUACGGCGGCUACAGCUACCCAGCCGGGCCGGCGUUUUCCUCUCCUCAGUCUCCACCAGGGAAGCCCAUCUACAGGGCGGGGUACGGCGUUCCCCAGCCGUACUCCUGAAACCCCGCCCCCACUGCCACCCCAUCCCCCCCGCCCUCCCUGAGGUUUUUUCUUUUCCUCUACGCUGCUUCCUCCACAAUCCACUCCAGAGGUCUCUUGCUUUACUUGACUUUGUUGCACUAUUUCAUUAAAUCAGUCUGAAGCAUGCCCCCCCCACACUAGUCUCAGGUCGUUUCAUUGCUUUGAGGUGUUGAGGCGCUCCUCUCCCUCACCGUCUCCCCCCUCAUCCCCCCUGUUGAAGUGAUGUUCUGUCGUAACACUAAGAACAAUGUGAUCGUCACGUCUGUCCGCUCCACCUGGAUAUUUCACUUCUGUCACCGAGGAAACUAAAGCAGGCGGAGGAGGAACCUGAAGCAAAGCGUCUCUGUUUUCCUUAUUUUCUCCAUUUCAAUGCAGCUCGGAGUCGUUCUGCCGUCUGAUUGGCUCCCCAGCAGCAGGCGAAGGCCUUCAUGCAAUAGCUGGUGUUCAGAUGGAGCUUCGUUCUGUUGGUGGAAACCAAAGAAAACUUAGUUAACUUAUUUUCCAUCAGCUCUGAGCUACAAUCCAUCUUUACUUUGUUCUUUUUCUCCACUGAGGGAAUCAUUCUCUGUCAUUGUUGUGUUUAAGUUAAGCCUUGUUUAAAGCAACCUAAGCUGACCACAUUAUGGUGACCUAGAUAGAAGCUUCACUGGUCUGAGUUGGUUGGGUUCCUGUGGUCAGACAUGGUUCCUGUUAAUCUGCAAAUGAUCAGAACCUAUAAUCUGUGCAUCACACCAACUCUACUGAUUUAUAGGCAACAUCUAAAAUCGACUGUGUGAGAAAAUGAAAUGUUUUAGAUAAAUACCGGGACAUCCUGCCUUGGAAGCUCCUACCAGCUCCCGUCUGCAGCUGAAGGAGAUGCUAGGAUGUGGUUCUACGUAGCGCUGAGCUUCACCAUUUAUUCAGAAACGGGGACGUGUCUCUAAAACUUGGUGCUCUGAUCUGUUCGGCUCCUUCAGGAACCACUGAACUAAUAAAACGAGACGUUUCUUUCCAGUGUUCAGAGGGAAUUUAGCCCUGAAUCUGUUCCAGUGAUUCAGCUGACGGUGGUGCUGAUGAUGGGAGCUGCGGGGUUUCUAAGCUCCUGGGCUGUUUGGACGAUCAGGUUCCCUUAGAUCCAGCCUGGAGGUCAACCAGAGUAGCGACCUGCAGGAGUCGGGCGCCGCAAGUUGGUCCCAACCAGAGGUUAAUGAGGAGUUUAAGUCGUUUGCUCCUAAACUUCUGGUUUGAGCUUUUUUUUUUUGUUGUUCUUAUUGAAGAUCAAGCAAAUGAAGAACAGUUUCCUAAAAUGAAAAAAAGCUUGAACUGACGGUAGACUGACUGAAAACAUCCCAUAAAACAUCAGUAAUAAAUACAGCAUGUGUUCCUGUGUAACACUGUCUAUCCAAAUAAUAGCACUGAAAGGAAAAAGAUGAACAAUUAAAGCUGAAUAUGUUUGUUUGGUAAAGAUGGCGGCUCCCUGCCCCUGCAGUGGGGGGGGGCUCUCCUAGUGAAUGGACAGUGUGAAGCACUCAGGAUGUCCAUGUCCUCUAAACAGAACCCUAACAGGUCAGUUUUACAUGCUGCAGGUCAGGGUCAAAGGUCAGUGAUUUUCCUGGUCGGCUUUUACCAGCGAAUGAUAAUAAUAACUGCUUUCCUUUAUCAUCCAGGCUUUAUUGAUGUUUUUCUCUCUCAGUAGCUUUCAGCUGCUCUAAACCUGCUGAUCACCACCAAUGAUCUGCUUCCUCUAAGCAGAUGGUUUAUGCAUCAAACAUAGGAUUGAAGUCAGACUCCUCCUGAAAUAGUUUGCUACCAUUUCAGACUGAAUCACAUCUACAUUUUCAGCCUUUCAUUAAAAUACACAGUUUGUUUGCAAAUAGGUUUAUUUUUAAAUAGGUUAGUCAUUAAAUAAAGGUUUCAGAAGCGUUUGUAAAUUGAAGAUCUGUGGGUUUCUAGAGCAGCGGUGCUGACUGACGUCACUGAUCGGUUUGCGUUGUGAUGAGCAGGAAGGUGUGGUCAGACUGGGCUGUGGGAUCCUGGAGGAUCCAGGGUCAAAGGUGAUGGGUUAUCAGUUGAUUGGUUCGGUUUCUGAUCAGCCCAGCAUCAGUGAACAGGAAGCAGUUCUGCUGCUUUGAAAAGGACGUUGCUUUGGCCUUCACCAGCUGAACGUUUAUCCAUCCAACAGGGCGGGCCUAAGGAUCAUCAGCACUUUUCUGUUUGAACUACAUGAACCAUGGUGGGGGGUUAAAGGUCAGCUAAGAGCAUCAAAAGCACAGAGAGACCGUGCUGAGAAAGACCGCCCUCCCAGUCCCAGUGGUCAUGAAGGGUUAACUCUGAUCA